GGCUAUCAGGAGAUAACGGAACGGGGUUGAAAGUAAAAACAUCAACGAAGAUGACUGGCAAAAACUUCAACAGAAAUAUUAUUAAUAAGGUAUACCUGUCAGAAUUCUUUGUUUUCGGAUUCAGGGAUUUGAUAAUACCGAAUAGAUUCGGAGAGGAUCUAGAAGGAAACGUUCUUGACAAUUUACUUUGAAAAUACUUACCGAAGCGCAACGUGCCAUAUUGCAUGGAAAAUAAUGUACGAGCGGCUGAAACGCCUGUGCUAAGGUGACCUGUUCACCACCCGAAGUAUCGUACCGAUGCCGAGAGCUUUGCUUCGAGCACAUUCGAUGAGGGAAAAUUUAAAAAAAACGCUAUCGGUCGGUGAUUCCGUCUCGUCCAAAGAAUCGAAGACUGCACAUUAUGUUAAUUACGUUCGACAUUAUUCCAAAGAUAAGUAAUAUUAUCUACUCGUGCAGUAGAUUGCAGAGUUGUGAGAAAUUUCACACCUUUCUCCGAAGGUAUCGUUGCACCGGCGCGUCUGGUUUUUAUUUUUUACGUUACCUUAGAUGGGAAGGGGAAACCGAGCGAGGAGAGAGGGAAAACCCUGACAUUAGAGCGCUUUUUGAUAGGAGAAACAUCGGCCAAAUCUGAGAAUCUUGAGCCAACCAAGAGAUAUACCGAUACGAAUGACGAUCCACUUUUCCCCCGUUGCGUAGUCAUUAGAUAGUCAAUCGUCGUCGGCUUGUUGUUCGUCCACGAUACCUGCACGGCUACUACAUUGAGAUUAAACAUACUUUCGAGAUAAGAGUUGUUGUACGACACUUACUACUUAUAUAAUAAACUCGUCGUCGGUGAUCGCAAUAGUGUGCAGACUCUGUUUGGAGAUCGUUUGAAAAAUUCCAUACGGUUUUCAUUAUGGUUAGACAAAAAAAAAACGUCAUACCGCCGGACGGUGGAUGGGGAUGGAUGGUGUGCCUCGGAAGCGGUUUGAUAACCAUCUCGCUGCGUUCCCUGGACCCGUCGUUCGGUCUCCUCUUCGGAGAUUUUUUGGAAGAAUUGGACGUCGAGACGACCGGUGCGUCGGUUAUAAUAAGCACUCUCGAGGUGAUGGCGAAUCUUUCAGGGCUCUUCGUUGGACCGUUGAUAAACAGGUACGAUUACCGAAAAGUUGCGUUGUUGGGAUCGAUUUUGAGUUGUUCAGGGCUCAUCCUUACCUCGCAGGCCACGAGCGUAACUUACAUAAUUUGUACCUACAGUAUUCUCGGGGGACUUGGCACGGGACUGGCGGUUGCCGCUUCUUUCGUCGCGAUGACAAGAUAUUUUAACGAAAAACGAUCCCAAGCCGUCGGUAUUUCCAUGGCUGCGACAUCCAUAGGGAUGAUGUGCAUGCCGCAGAUCGUUAAUAAAUUAUUACUUCACUACGACUUUCAUGGUGCCGUUCUCGUGAUCAGUGCCCUUGCUCAGCACGCAAUUGUCGGCAGUUUACUUCUUCAACCCGUAUCUUGGCACGGAAAACCUGCACCGAGUAAAAAAGACGUCGACGAGCCCGAAUCGGAAUCGGAAGCAGCUGCGAGACUCAUACUUGCAGAUAAAGUGAAUGAUCGACAUUCGAACGUUGACCUCGGAAAAAGUGGCUCGAAAUUAUCCAAGGUAGAUCUGACGACGAACGAUAUCGAGGCUGCCAAAAUAGGUUCAAACAGAGUUGACAGCGGAAUCGUUAGACCUAAGCGAAGGGAUUCUUUCACCAAAAAAUUGAUAGACUUUUUUGACCUGGACUUGCUCAAGAGCCCGGUCUAUUUGAACAUUGUCGCAGGAUUGGGUUUUUACUACGUGGCUGAAUCGAAUUUCAAAAUGAUAACGCCGUUUUUCCUCGACAGUAUCGGUAUGAAAAAACCGGAAGUGGCGUUUUCCCUAUCCCUGACGGCCUUCGCAGAUAUAUUAGCAAGAGUGACGAUGCCCACGCUUUUCGCAAAGUUCAAUUUCAAAAAUAGAACCAUCUUUUGGAUCAGUUGUUUUCUUCUGGCCAUCAGCCGAUCGACGAUGGCCCUUCAAACGCCCGGAAUGAUUCUCAAGACGAAUCUAAUUUUCAAUGGAUUUUUGCGAGGCUUGACGGUGAUCAACAUCAACUUAACCAUCGCCGAAAAUUGCAAACCCGAGAAGGUCCCGGCGGCUUUAGGAAUCUUCAUGGUAGUCAAGUUUGUCCUUAUCUCGGCUCUUGGACCCCUCUUGGGUUACAUCAGAGACUCCACUGGAAGCUACCCAAUUCAUAUUCACGCGAUGAGUUUUCUCAUUCUCAUCAGCUGCGUCACCUGGUCGAUAGAAUUCGCGAUGCAUUUCUAUUCGGGAAAUGAUAAAAACAAGAUAAACAAGAGGUCCAGAAAUUCCGUCGAUAAUUUAAGGUCAUCCGACAAAGGAUUAUCGGAAGUGGAAACGGGAUAACGGAUGAAAAUCAGCCGAAGAAUUGGUGAUAUAAAUUGAUUGGAAUACGAACGUAACUCGAAACAAAAAAAAAAAAACAAAUCCAAAAAUCAUUCUCUACAAACCAAUGAGCUAUUCAAGCUUUCUCGUUCACAAUUGGUCUCUCCAUGUCAGUACAGCCAGCACAGUAUUAUUACCAGGGUAUCAAGAAAUCGUCUAGCUUCGAUGCAUUUAUUGUUAAAUACUAUUGUCGUUUUUGUUGUUAUUUAUGUUAUUUUUUAUUCUGAACGUAGCGCCUGGGGGAUGAAUUUAUACGGAAUGAAAGUGAUGCGAAACGAGAAUGAAUGAUUAGUAAAAUACGACUUUGGUGAAUAAGGACAAUUUAAAAAUGAUGAAAACGUAGUAGUCUCCAGUACAAAUCUACCUAAUAAUCCAGUGGCUCAUAGAAUCAUGUAUCGAUCUCAUAAAAAUAAAAAAUUCUCACAGA